UGCUCAACGUUCCUAAGCUGCCAAGCGCAGCUGGUCACGCAAUGGCGGACGCUGUCGUAGCCUCGCUGAAGAGCUGGCGUCUCACCGAUCACGUGAAGGCCAUGUCUUUCGACACGACCGCCAGUAACUCGGGAGUUCGGGGAGGUGCAGCUGUCUUGAUCGAAGGGAAGCUGGGCAGAGAUCUGCUGUUCCUCCCCUGUCGUCACCAUAUUCUGGAGAUCGUCUUGGCGGAUGUGUUCAAGUCCCUCUUCGGGCCAACUUCUGGCCCGGAGAUCCCCAUCUUCAAACGCUUCAAGGAAAAGUGGUCCUUUGUCUGUCGGGAUCGACCGGAGGAGGGUGCGCUGGAUAAAGAAACGGCCGUCAUCCUCGCUGGACAUCAGGAUCUCAAGACUGCUGCUUUGGAGUAUGCCAUGGAGACUGUGGAGCAGGACCACCAGCGCGACGACUUCCGCGAGCUCUUGGAGCUCACGAUCGUCUACCUUGGCGGAGUCCCUCCCAGAGGCAUUCGGAUCAUGGCACCCGGAGCCAUGCACCAGGCCCGAUGGAUGGCCAAAGCAAUCUACGGAUUGAAGAUCUUCCUGCUCCGGAGCCAACUCAAGCUGACAGUGAAGGAGACCACGGCCCUGAGAGUUUUCAGUCUCUUCGUCACCUUGGUGUACACUGAGGCCUGGUUCCGUGCUCCCCAGGUUCUGGAAGCCCCACUCAACGACUUGAACCUCUUCAAGAAGAUUCGAUCUUUUUAUGCUAUCGACGCGGAAACGUCAAAGAUAGCAGCAGAGGCCAUGGGACGCCACACAUGGUAUCUUGGGGAGGAGUCCGUGGCCCUCGCCUUUUUUGACCCUCGCGUUCCCUCAGAGACAAAGAGGGAGAUGGCAGCAGCCCUCAAGACGGAGAUGGACGGUCGUCCGCCCAAGAGACCAAAGCUUGGGGAUCCCGCCUCUCUGCCACUCCCCGAUCUCGUGACGGCAAGAAGUAAAAGAUUCUUCGAGAUCCUGGGAACCGAAGUGGGGUGGAUGGAGAAGGUGCCAGACGACUGGGUGGACGAUGUAUCCUUCCAGACUGCAAAGAAGGUUGCGUCUGCCCUUGUCACGGUCAAUGACAGGGCCGAGCGCGGCGUGAAGUUGAUCCAAGACUACAACGCGCUCCUCACCAAAGACGAGAGCCAAAAGCAGGCACUUCUCCAUGUGGUGACGGAGCACCGGAAGCGAUUCCCCAAUGCCAACAAGUCAACAGUCGCCGCCGCGUCCACUUCCACUUCUGUCGUCCACUGAUGACUUCUUAUCAGACUUCUCAUCCAACGUUCUACGAUAGCACUUACUGCUGAGCGCCAAGCGUCGCUACCAUGUGUGUAGGCUUUGCUGCGAAAUUUCGCUUUUUGUGACUGUAUGCAAAUAUAUGUUUAU